AUGUGUUUUAUCAUCAAUACCGAGUGCGCAUGCGGAUGCUAUGCGUUCGUCUCCGAGCACAAGUGUACACCCCCGUGCCCUGCUGAGGAUCCUAAAGUGAUUAGAACCGUUGUACUUGCUCACGACUGUCGCCGACCCGGCCAUUGCCCGCGUGUGGACGCCUACUGGGCUUGGAUGUUCAACAACCAGCUUGCCUCAGCGGAGCAUUGGCAAGAAUACGUUAAGCUUGCCGAGUCAAAGAAGCUUAAUGAAAUGGACAGGCUUGAGGUGCUUUCUACGUGGCAUUACGCUGAUGCGUUUAAAGCCUACGAGGAUGCCCAGGGCGAUGUGUUGGCAAACCAGCUUUCGCCCGCAAUACCAUCAUCUUCCUCGGCAGCCGCGAAUAUCCUACCUUUACCUCGUGCGUCUUCAAAUGCCAUAUACUCGUAUAGAGCACCUCUGGGCCCCCCCGUAGAUUUCGAGUCCGCGGCAUCUCGUCGACGGACCCAAAACAUCGGCCCUCUGCCUCGCCAAUCUGCAGGUCCACCCCCUCCUCCGGUGACCCAAACCAAUGGACGUCCGGCUACAACACCCGCAAGGGGUAAUCCUGAUCAGGCUGAUCGACGCUCUGGCCCGCGGCCCACACCCAUCGCAAACCCACACGCUGGAUCCAACUUUGGAAAUGACGCUCUACAGAUUCCCCACGCGGGCCCAUCUUUUGCUUCCUCCUCUCGUAGGCAGCCUCCAAUUUCCAACUUGACCGAGGCUCUUGGACCCCCCCCUCGACUGCGCCCUCGACUGCCUACGGGUUCCGGAUUGGGACAAACUGAUGAAAAUAAGGGCAAUAGAGAGAAGAGCAAUAGAGAGAAGAGCAAUGGAGAGAAGAGCAAUGGAGAGAAGAGCAAUGGAGAGAAGGGCAAUGAAGGGAAGGGCAGUGGAGAGAAGAGCAAUGAAGGGAAGGGCAAGAAAAAGGAGGGGACUAGGGGUAAUGGGGAUGAAGAGGAGGAAAAUGGAGUGAAUAGCGACGAAGAGAAUGCUAAUGAUGAGAAUGGUAACAAGGAAGCGGACAAUAAGGAGGGGGACAAUAAGGAGGCGGGCAAUACGGAGGCGGGCAAUAAGGAGGCGGGGAAUAAGGCGGAGGGCAGUGGAUAUGGGAGCAAUGAUAUGGACAUUAAGGAGGAGGAGGAUAGUGAAGAGGAGCCCUAUGGAGAGAUUGCCCAAAGCCGAUAA